ACGAGUAUAAUAUGAGAAGUAGAGAGAGAAAACAAAACAAAAACGAAGAAAGAAAGAAAGAAAGAAGCUAUGGGAAGAUCAUCAGAUUCAACAGUCAACGUUUUCUACUUUCAUCUAUUCAUCGUCUUUCUUGCCACAGUUAUACCCACCAUAGCCAGAUCCUCCGAUGAUUGCGUCUACACGUUGUACGUAAGAACCGGAUCCAUCUUCAAAGGAGGAACAGAUUCUAAAAUGAGCGUGACGCUUUACGACAAUCAGGGUUGGGGGAUCCAAAUCAACAAUAUUGAAUCAUGGGGCGGGUUAAUGGGUAAGGAUUACGACUAUUUCGAAAGGGGAAACCUUGACAUUUUCAGCGGUCGUGCUUCGUGUUUAACCGGCCCUAUUUGCGCACUCAAUUUGACAUCAGACGGGUCGGGUUCUCAUCACGGUUGGUACUGUAACUAUGUGGAGGUCACUUCCACCGGCGCCCAUCAGACCUGCUCGCAACAACUAUUCACCGUCGAGCAAUGGUUAGCCACCGAUACUUAUCCCUACGAGCUCACCGCCUUUAUUAACAACUGUGGAUCAUCGGAUCUAUCUAAGAUCAGGGAUCCGGCAAUGAUCAACGGUAGAGAUGAUGAGGCUGCUGUUUCUGCAAUGUGAGAGUGAGUGGUUGUGUACCUCUUAUUUUGUUUUAAUCUAAUAAAUGUCUUAUGGACGUCUGUCUGUUAAUCAUUAUUUUGUGAGUUAUAUAUAUAUUAUUACUACCUUUCUAUUA